ACGUCACUGACUAAGCACCACCCACCGGAAGGAGAGAAUCAAUCUGCAGCGUGAGCGGAAGAAGCAAGCAAGCCGGAAAGAGCCGAAGGUAUCAACUGCUCCCCCUUCGGAAACUGCCGAGAAAACCCGGAAGAAGCAAGGAAGAUCCGAACUGCGGGACAUCUUCACCUGCUAUCCGGGACAGGCAGGUAAAAUCGGGACACUUGGGAGCGGUGUGCAGUGAAGAAACAUGUCUGGAAUAAAGAGAUCAACUGAAGAUAAAGAUCCCGACUAUGAGGACAUUUCUGUUGUGCAUCAGAACAAGCGGCAGAAGUCUGCAGAAACUACUGCUCGGGAUGCUACCGUCUUGAAGAUAGAAUCCAUAAUUAAAGAACAGUUUGUCACAGAGCUAAAGAAUAAAGAACAUGAGAUUGAAGUUAUCGACCAGAGGCUUACUGAGGCCAGGCGUAUGAUGGAUAAACUACGGGCGUGUAUAGUGGCUAAUUACUAUGCUUCUGCGGCACUUAACAAAAACCAGGAGGGAUCCUCAGGGUGUGAUGCAACUGUAUUAAACCAUCCUUCUAUUAAGAAGUUUUUGGAAUCUCCAUCUAGAGCUUCAUCACCUGCUAAUCAGCGAUCAGAAACUCCAUCAGUGGCCAAUUCAGAAACAGAUUCUGUUUGUACCAAUAAUGAGGAUAAAGAUGUCAGCCUUGAUGUAAAAGGGCCAGCAGCAAACAAGGCACUUCGACCUGAAGGGAAUACCAUCAAGGAUUCAUCUCUAAAUGAAAACACGGAACGGCAGGUUGCAAAAACUGAAGAUGGUCCCUGGCGAUUUGUCAAAAAAACCAUUGUGGUUGGCAAUGUUUCAAAGUAUAUCCCACCUGACAAAAGAGAAGAAAAUGACCAGUCAACCCAUAAAUGGAUGGUAUAUGUAAGAGGCUCUAGGAAAGAACCAAGCAUUGAUCAUUUUGUAAAGAAGGUCUGGUUCUUUCUGCACCCAAGCUACAAACCAAAUGACCUUGUGGAAGUCAGUGAGCCUCCAUUCCAUUUAACUCGAAGAGGCUGGGGAGAAUUUCCUGUAAGGGUGCAGAUUCAUUUCAAGGACAGCCAGAACAAGAGGAUCGAUAUAAUCCAUAACUUAAAGUUGGAUCGAACGUACACUGGUCUGCAGAAUCUGGGUGCAGAAACGGUUGUGGAAGUUGAAAUCUACAGGCAUUCUUUAGGUGAUGAUUUCCUGGGCUCUCAGUCAUCUAAUGAAUGUAGCCAAUCAGAUGUAUCUUUAAAACCCUCCUCCCCUCACAAAGCAACACAUGAAUCAGCAGAUAAAGGGGCUGCUGUGGCUUCUGAGCCUUCAUGUUACCCUCAGCCUUCAUCACUUGAAUGUACCCCGACCAAAGUGACACAGAGACUGUCCUUUGGGAUUCCCGGAAACACUGCUUUCCAGCCCUUCACUGCCAGCUGUAAGAUUGUCCCACAGGGUCAGGCUGCCUCCUUAGCAGAGUCCCCUGGGAAGUCAUUUCAGCCAAUAACCAUGAGCUGCAAGAUUGUCUCAGGAAGCCCAACAAGCAAACACUCCGGUACAUCUCAAGGUGUUUCUGGGACAAAGUCUCCUGUCCCAAAGCUUCACGGAACCAGUUUCACACCACAGAAUAUCAAGCAGGAGGAUUCCAUGUUUGCUGCUAUGCCUCCUCUGUGUCCUAUUGGUAGUCAGCCCAAGGCACAGAGCCCAAAGACUGUCACAGGAGGACUUGGAGCUUUUACAAAGGUGAUUAUAAAGCAAGAGCCCACUGAAUCAUCUCAGCAGCAGCAAGAAGCGCCUUCCACAUCUCAGCCUCCACUCCAGCAGAUAGUGACUGUGAAAGGCAAUCACAUGGUUGCAGUGUCCCCUCAGAAGAAUUUGGCCACACCUGAAGGUUCCAAGGUUGUUGGUAUUCCAGUUGGAUCCACAGUCCAGGCAGCCACUAAACAAUCUGUGACCAUUAGCGGUGGGCAGAUUCUAGUGGCUAAAUCCAGCUCCUCUGUAGCCAAAGCAGUGGGAUCAAAGCAGAUUGUUGCACAGGGUGUGGCUAAAGCUGUUGUGAGUAGUGGAAGUGGGAAUGUAGUAGCCCAGUCCUCACAGAGUGUGCCAAAGGCGCAAGUUACAUCUGCUGUGGCUCAGAAGGCUGGAUCUCAAGGAUCAGUGAUGGCGACUCUGCAGCUUCCUGCUUCUAAUAUUCCAAAUCUGGCCAACCUACCUCCCGGCACCAAACUUUACCUCACAACGAAUAGCAAGAAUCCAUCAGGAAAAGGAAAACUGCUGCUCAUUCCCCAGGGAGCCAUUCUAAGGGCUGCAAACACUGCUAAUCUGCAGUCUGGAGCAUCCUCCAGUGGUGGAUCCGGUACUGCUAGCACCACCAGUGGGUUACCCCAGCACCUUACGUACACCUCCUAUAUUCUCAAGCAGACUCCCCAGGGAACAUUUUUAGUUGGUCAGCAAUCCCAACAGGCAUCUGGAAAGCAAGCUGCUGCAAAUGUGAUCGUUCAGGGGAACGUCGCCACGUCAGCCCAAGGGCAACAGACCUUGAAAUUAACUACUGGACAGAAAGGCAAUUUAGUUGCACAAACCCAUAGUGCAUCAGCCACAGUUGCCAAAAUGACUGAUGGUACAGUAACAUCGGUACAAUCUCAGACCCAGAAGCCUGGUACUACUUUGCUAAGAGUGGCGGGAGGAGUCAUAACAGCCUCCAGUACGUCCUUACCAUCUGUUUCUGCUAAUGCUCCUGCACAACAGGCAGCAGAUGGAUCCAGCACAUCCAUAACCCAAGUUAGCACAUCAAACAAAACCAUACCACAGCAGGUUAUGGCUAGGAUUGCCCAUGUCAAGUCACUAGGCACCGUGAAACCUGCCAAUUCAGCUGCUCAGGUGUCUUCAACAAGAACAGCACAGAUUGUAGGACACAGUAGUGCUGCGUUGCCAGAACCAGAUGCUGCUUCAAAUGCCAACAGCAUUUCCGUGCCAGCUACCAGCACUGCAGUAAAGACUGAAGAAAGUGGAGAAAUUGACCCCAGCUCAAUGAGGGUAGUCAGUCAGGUUGAAUGUGGAAGCCACAGGGCACGAAAUAAUUGGACUGAACAUCUGCAGAACUUCAAGCAACUUUUAACUGCGAUAGUAAAGAAGGUCCCCCUUCUUGCUGAGAAAAAUGAAGAUGGUCACACGUUUUGUGCCACGUCGGUUGAACAGUAUUGCAGCUGGAACAUUGGAAAGAGAAGAGCAUCUGAGUGGCAACGAGCAGUUACAAUGAAAAAAAUGCUGCAGGAGAUCAUGGAAAAGCAACCCAAAUUCAGUAACAUGGUACCAUUAAAAACCAAACAGAUUGUCCACUGGUGCCGCAUACACGGAUACACCCCACCUGAUCCUGAGAGCUUGGAAAGCGACAAGGAAUCCAUUGAAGAUGUGCUGGCUCUUAUAGACAGUGAGGCAGCUUUACAGACGUCUUACUCUACUCCUGACAUUCUUUUGAAAAAAAUGGAGGAACUAGAGAAAUCGUAUAAAAAGGAAAUGGAAAUGGAUGAGGAGGUGGAUGUGCUGAGUACGAGUGAAGAACCGACACUGCACAUUAAGAAAGAGAGCGAUGCGGAGGAAGAUGUAAAGUUGUACAUGGCUACCAGUCCUGCUUGUGAGUUCAUCAAAGAUAAAGCGCAGGAGAUUGGCGUUUCAUUACAACCAGUUGAAGUGCAAGACAAUAUUUAUACUUCUGCUAUUGAAGAAAUGAUUUUAAAGGCUACCGAACAGUUUGUUAGUGACGUCCUUCGGGAUGCUUUCGCUGCGGGCUGUCAGAUGACCUCCCACAAUAGAGCUCCACGAGAGAUCACAGUAUCAAAUAUCCACCACGCCAUCUGUAAUACUCCUUUAUUCGACUUCCUCACUAACAAACACAUGGCCUCAUUAACUACGGACGAUGAGCAAACCUUGAAAUAAGAUCUAGAAGUGGCACCACGAAAUGUACUGACUGAGCCAACCUUGUAUUUUAUAUCUGCGGGGAGUAACCACCUAGCAACCUAGAGCCUAGACAUUCUCACUGAGAGAUGAAAUGCAACAUGUCUUACAACUAACUUAGAACCUGCGAUUUUUGUUUUCUUUUGUAAAUAAUGUCAGUGUGAGAGAGAGAGACUGUAACUAUGUAUUUGUGUAAGUACAUGCAGACCUGUAUUUAUGUACAUGAGUUUUUGUAUUUUCCUGCAUGCAAAGCUAAUGGAAGCUGCAGGCUAUGCCAAAGUGAAUAAAACCCAAAUCCCUCUAGUUAA